AUGGCGCGCACGAAGCAGACGGCGCGUAAGUCGACGGGCGGCAAGGCGCCCCGCAAGCAGCUGGCCACCAAGGCGGCCCGCAAGAGCGCGCCGGCCACGGGCGGCGUGAAGAAGCCGCACCGCUACCGGCCCGGCACGGUGGCGCUGCGCGAGAUCCGCCGCUACCAGAAGUCCACGGAGCUGCUGAUCCGCAAGCUGCCCUUCCAGCGCCUGGUGCGCGAGAUCGCGCAGGACUUCAAGACCGACCUGCGCUUCCAGAGCUCGGCCGUCAUGGCGCUGCAGGAGGCGAGCGAGGCUUACCUGGUGGGGCUCUUCGAGGACACCAACCUGUGCGCCAUCCACGCCAAGCGCGUCACCAUCAUGCCCAAGGACAUCCAGCUCGCCCGGCGCAUCCGCGGGGAGCGCGCCAUUCUUGUAAGCAAGUCCCUCUCGUCAGUCUCUGGCCCUACUGAAGUGCUUUUAGUUUACGUUUGAAUCCAACACAAUUCCUGGCAGAGCAUGGUACUCAAUGACUCCCGUACACCUACAUGUGUAACGAGGUUUCUGCCUGACUGCCACUCUGCCAUGCAGCUCCUUCACAUCCUACCCAGAAGUCGUAUACCUGUUACAAAAAACACAAUUUCCCAACCCAUUUCUAAUUUCCUGUUGCAUCCUGUGUUUCUUGCUUAACACAGCACAGCCCUCCUUAUGUCCAUGUAAUGCCGGGAGAUCCCUGCUCUGCCUGAUCGAACUGGUUCUGCAGUGCUGCGUGGAAGUAGGUGAGAUGCAGUUCUCACUUCUGUGAACGAACACAGACGAGGAGGAUUGCUUGGAGGGAAUAGAUAUUUUUUCAAAGCUUCAUGCAGUAAGUCAUGGGUUUUGUGGUGUGGGUUUUUUUUUUUUUGUUGUUGUUUUUUUGUUUGUUUGUUUUUUUCCCUUCCCCUUCUGUGUAAUUGCUGAUACAUUUUGUUUCAGGAAAUAUUCCUUCCUCUGUUUCAGGAACUUUGGGCUCUGCAGCAAAAUCUGACCAAUCACAUUCCUCCGUGCUCCAUUUUCUUUCCUGUUUUUUUCCUUCCUUUCAGCCAUUUUCUGUUUUACUCAGAGCAGUAACCUGGGGGUGGGGUGAGAUUGUGGGGUAGAUCUCAGAAUAACACUUUGGAAAACUUGAUCAGAUUAUGAGCAGUUUUAUUAUCCCCCCCCGUAUUCACUGACAUAAGAUCUGUGCUUUCUGAACAGAUUUAUGCAUGUUUUUUUCCUUUGUUUUUUUUUUUUUUUUCCCCCCCGAGGGUAAUUACUAUCAUGCUUGUAGAAGUGAACUGUAGCAAAAUGCAAUGAAUUUCCUGUUUCUCUCUGUUAUACAAAGGGAUCCAUUAGUUACCAAAAUCUCUUUAUCAGAAUGUAUUUACAGUAAAUUCCAUGGUAAGACUGAAGCAUGGCAAGCAGAGUGCAUUUCUAAUAUGUAAUGGACACUGAGUAUGUUAUACAGGCUGCAUAAACAGUUACAUUUUAGUACGAGUUUGGGCAAAAAUAAUAAAAAU